GUGACAGAGUUUGCUAAAUGUGUCUUCUGUAUCUGUGAUUUAACUCUAACAUCUAAAACCCAGAUUUUCAAACCCAAAAUUGAUAUUUUUUUUAGUCAAUUUGGUUUCUUAUACUUCUUUGUUAUGCUUAAAGUCUGAGCGCAAAUGCUGUUAACGGGAUGGAUUGCGUACCAAUGCAUCCGACCGGAAAAUGAAGUUGCAGAAUGAGUUUUGAUGAUUCUUGCCUUCAUUUAAAAUGAUUUAAAAGUUUGAACAGACGGUGGACUCAAUCCAGGAUCUGAUCUGGUGUUGGUAUUGUGUUCAGUCUGAAAUAGUUUUGAAAAGACGACGCAGUCUUGCUGAUUUCCCUGUUUUUUGGGAUUUUAAUUGGUUUCCGGCAUCCUGUUCUUACAGUUGUUGUCUGAGGGUUUGAACUUUGUGAAGACAGUAAUAGCAGAAACAACUAAAGUGUUCCCAAGAUGGAGGAAAAUUGUGCGAACGGAUCAGCGAUGCAUGAAACACAAAAUGAUUCAGAGCAAUCUAAAGGGGAAGAGGAGAUCAUUAAAACCGUUCCAUUUUUCAAGUUAUUCUGCUUUGCUGACAGUAAAGAUAAAGUGAUGAUGGGUGUCGGUACCAUAGCGGCUCUCGCAAAUGGUGGAACAAUGCCUCUUAUGACUGUUCUUUUAGGAAAAAUGAUCGACUCUUUUGGAAAAAACGCAGGCACCAAAGAGGUCGUAAAACAGGUUUCUGAGGUGGCAUUACAGUUUGUAUACUUGGCUGUGUUUUCGCUAGUGGCGUCAUUCUUACAGGUGUCUUGUUGGAUGGUCACUGGGGAGAGACAAGCUGCACGGAUACGGAAUUUAUACUUGAAAAAUAUUUUGAGGCAAGAUAUUGCUUUCUUUGAUAAAGAAACAAACACGGGAGAAGUUAUUGGAAGGAUGUCAGGUGACACUGUUCUCAUUCAAGAUGCCAUGGGUGAGAAGGUAGGCAAAUUUCUUCAGCAAUUUGCAACAUUUAUAGGAGGUUUCGUAGUUGCAUUCAUCAAAGGAUGGCUUCUAACGCUUGUUAUGUUAUCCACAAUUCCUCCUCUUGCAAUCUCUGGUGCAGCCAUGACCAUUCUAAUUGGUAAAAUGGCAUCUCGUGGGCAAACAGCUUAUUCACAAGCUGGAAUUGUUGUAGAACAAACACUUGGUGCAAUAAGAACAGUUGCAUCAUUUACCGGGGAGAACCAAGCUAUUGCCAAGUAUAAGAAGUCAUUAAAAGUUGCUUACAAAGCUGGUGUUCUUGAGGGCCUGUAUGCUGGAUUAGGCCUUGGUUCAGUUAUGUUUGUCGCCUUCUGUUCUUAUUCCCUAGCCAUAUGGUAUGGUUCAAAGCUUAUACUUGAUAAAGGAUAUACAGGAGGAGAUGUCAUUAAUGUUAUUGUUGCUGUGUUAACCGGAUCCAUGUCACUAGGGCAGGCAUCUCCAUGCCUGGGUGCAUUUGCUGCUGGAAAAGCUGCAGCCUACAAAAUGUUUGAAACAAUAAAUAGGAAACCAGAGAUUGAUGCAUAUGACACUUCCAGUGGAAAAACGUUGGAUGAUAUACGUGGAGAUAUUGAGUUAAAAGAUGUGUACUUUACGUACCCUGCAAGACCAGAUGAACAAAUUUUUACAGGGUUCAGUCUACACAUACCAAGUGGCACGACCAAUGCUUUAGUUGGUCAAAGUGGAAGUGGAAAAUCAACUGUUAUAAGUUUGAUAGAAAGAUUUUACGACCCACAAGCGGGUGAAAUUCUUAUUGAUGGUAUAAAUAUCAAGGAGUUACAACUGAAAUGGCUCCGAGAGAAAAUCGGGCUCGUAAGCCAAGAACCUGUGCUAUUCACUGCAAGCAUUCAUGAUAACAUUGCAUAUGGAAAGGAUGGCGCAACUCUUGAAGAAAUUAAGGUUGCAUCUGAGCUAGCCAAUGCUGCAAAAUUCAUCGAUAAACUACCUCAGGGUCUAGAUACUAUGGUCGGCGAGCACGGAACCCAAUUGUCAGGGGGACAGAAACAAAGAAUUGCAAUAGCUAGAGCAAUUUUAAAAAAUCCACGAAUUCUGCUUCUAGAUGAAGCGACUAGUGCACUUGACGCAGAGUCUGAAAGGGUUGUACAAGAGGCACUUGACAGGGUAAUGGUUAAUCGAACUACCGUCAUUGUUGCCCAUCGAUUAACCACAGUACGGAACGCUGAUAUGAUUGCUGUCAUCCAUAGAGGAAAGAUUGUUGAAAAAGGCUCACACAUGGAGCUUCUUAAAGAUUCGGAAGGAGCAUACUGCCAGCUUAUACGAUUGCAAGAAGUAAACAAAGAAUCAGGAAAUGGUAAAAUGAAAUCAGGACUUUCUCUUCAACUAAGCAGAAAUUUUAGUAGACACAUGUCCAUUGGACGAUCCUUAAGUCGCGGGUCAUCUGGGAGAGGACACAGCAGCCACCAUUCGUUCUCUGUUGAGUAUGGUUUGCCGAGACCAAAUGUUGGAGCCGGCUCAGAUGAAAACAAAAAUAAUGAUCUUAUACCUUCUACCCAAAAAGCCAAAAAUGUUCCGAUUAGCCGUCUUGCUUCCCUUAACAAGCCAGAGAUACCGGUUCUUCUGCUAGGUGCUAUAGCUGCAGGUAUAAAUGGAGUUAUAUUUCCGGCUUUUGCUUUAAUGCUUUCUGGAAUAGUUAAGACAUUCUUUGAACCUCCAAGCGAGCUGAAGAAGGAUUCAAGGUUUUGGGCAUUGAUGUGUAUUGUCCUAGGUGUUGCAUCACUGAUAACAUCACCAGCAAGAACAUAUUUCUUUGCUGUGGCAGGAUGCAAGUUGAUAAAUCGUAUACGGUCCAUGUGUUUUGAAAAGAUUGUUCAUUUGGAUAUUGAUUGGUUUGAUGAGCCUGAGCACUCCAGCGGGGCAAUUGGUGCUAGGCUCUCUGCAGAUGCAGCAACCGUUCGCAGUCUUGUUGGAGACGCACUAGGGUUGAUGGUUCAGAACAUAGCUACCCUUAUUGCUGGUCUGGGUAUCGCUUUUGAAGCAAACUGGAAGUUGGCUUUCAUAAUCCUUGUUUUCAUACCUUUAGUAGGAGUAAAUGGAUGGGUUCAGAUGAAAUUCAUGAAAGGAUUUAGUGCAGAUGCAAAGAUGAAGUACGAGGAAGCAAGUCAAGUUGCUAAUGAUGCUGUUGGGAGUAUAAGGACUGUAGCAUCAUUUUGUGCUGAAGAGAAGGUAAUGAAAUUAUAUGAAAGCAAGUGCGAAGGCCCGGAGAGGGCAGGGAUUAGGCAAGGGGUGAUCAGUGGACUAGGUUUCGGGGUUUCGUUUUUCUUGUUGUUUUGUGUCUAUGCGGCUAGUUUCUACAUUGGUGGAAGACUAGUUCAGGAUGGUCAGACAACAUUCCCCAAGGUUUUCCGAGUAUUCUUCGCUCUGAUUUUUACUGGAGUUGGUGUGGCUUCAUCAAGCUCAAUGUCAUCAGAUACCACUAAAGCCAAGUCUUCAGCUGCAUCAGUAUUUGCAAUUCUUGACCAAAUACCAAAAAUAAACUCGAGCAAUGACUCUGGAACGACACUAGAAGAUGUAGAGGGUCGAAUUGAGUUCAAACAUGUCAGUUUUAAGUACCCGAUAAGGCCUGAUGUGCAAAUAUUCCGUGAUAUUUGCUUAUCCAUCCAUGCAGGAAAGACAGUAGCUCUGGUUGGAGAGAGUGGAAGCGGUAAAUCAACUGUGAUAUCAUUGUUGCAACGGUUUUACGAUCCUGAUUCGGGUCAGAUUACAUUAGAUGGAUUCGAAAUUCAAAAGUUUCAGGUAAGAUGGUUGAGGCAACAAAUGGGUUUGGUAAGUCAAGAACCCGUUUUAUUCAAUGACACAAUUCGUGCCAACAUUGCAUAUGGUAAGGAAGGUAAUGCAACAGAGACGGAAAUUUUAGCAGCAGCCGAGCAAGCGAAUGCCCAUAAGUUCAUUAGUGGGAUACAACAGGGGUAUGAUACAAUAGUAGGAGAGCGAGGAGUUCAAUUGUCAGGUGGGCAAAAGCAAAGAGUAGCAAUAGCACGAGCUAUAGUGAAGCGGCCAAAGAUAUUACUAUUAGAUGAGGCGACAAGUGCACUUGACGCAGAAUCAGAACGCGUAGUACAAGAUGCUUUAGACCGAGUCAUGGUCAACCGCACCACAAUAGUGGUGGCUCACAGGUUAACGACGAUUAAAAAUGCUGAUGUAAUAGCAGUUGUCAAAAAUGGAGUUAUAGCUGAGAAAGGAAAUCAUGAUACUUUGAUGAAUAUCAAGAAUGGAUCAUAUGCAUCUCUUGUAGCACUGCAUAUGAGUGCUUCGUAGUGGUAUUUGCAAAAUACCUUUUAUAUCCUUUUAUUUCUUUAACCAUUCUUUUAUUAUUUUUUUUCCCCUUUGGUUUUUUGUUUUCCGUGUUUAGAAUAUAUUGUGUAAACCAUGACAUCUAGAUUCCAAUUCUGCAAAUUUAAAUAAAUUAGAAUCGCCAUAAAGC